GUCCGUAAUACCUUUCCGUAGAUGGUAAUUGUAUCCACAUUUCUCCGCCGCUGCGGGCUGACAAAUGAAGCUGAAGCCGCCUUGGAUUUCUUGGACUUAUUAUCGUACUUAUGUCAGAUGUUUGGGGGGCCUUUUGGUUUAAUAUAUAUGGGUUUGCACGGAAAGGUUGCUAAUGAAGGAAUUUGCUAUUCGACCAACUAUGGCUUCUAUCUGGCGAAGAGCUUGUGUCGGCUGCACUAAAUCCAAACGGCAAUGUACCAAAGCCGUGCCGGCGUGUCGGCGUUGUGCAACCAAAGGAAUUCCUUGCGUAUAUCCACCGGCCCGACAAAGUAACAACCUCCACGUAGAUGCGGAUGCGGCCGCCGCAAUACCUUCCGCAACUACCGGGGGCUCCGCAAACCCGCUUCCUAUGAUUUGUCAUGAUAUCGACCGGAUAGGGAACGAUGACAUGAACUUCUAUCCGCUACAGCUGACGCAAUCAGACUUUGUUGAAGAUAUGAUUUCGCGAGCAACAGCAUACCAUUCACAGCCCUCAAUAGGCAAUAGUCCAUCAGACGUUUCAACAGGUCUUUGGUUCCUGGCGCCGGAGUCAUGGGUCACAGAUCAUUCUUCAUGUCCGCUUGACCAGCCUGUGCUUACUCAGGAUCGUAUGCUCCAACGUUUCAUCGACAGCGUUCAGGAUUGGCUGCGGCGGUGGGUGACGGACGGCGGCAGCCCGCUGCACCACCACCAGUUGUACCGCGAGAAAAUGCCGCGGUGCGUGCAAGACGCGCAUUCAGCUAUUGCUCUAUAUCAUAUGACAACGUGCAGCAAUGCUGACACGAGGGCCACGAUGGCCUGCGUGUUGGAGGACCGCGUUACGCAGUUGCUAGAGGAUCAAACCUUCGAGGCCUCGCUAAGGGCGGGUCAGGGAAUGGACACAUUUGAUCACAUAUGCAGGGUCCAGUCGCUACUAACGUACCAGGCUAUUCGACUUCUCGAUGGCGAUAUACGCAUGAGAGCCCAAGCCGAGGCGCUGAUUCCCACUCUCUUCCUCUGGACGCAACAGCUCCUCGACAACACAAAGAACAGCUUAACGCAGCCGGCACGCUUCCUCGCUAAUAUUGCAGCAUCCUAUCCUAUCGUAGCCAUUUCCGAGGAUGCCGUCCUCUGGAAGGCCUGGAUCCUCGUCGAGAGCACGCGGCGCACGUGGCUCGUCGCCAACUACCUUCAGGAGACAUAUCUCCACAUGAAGCGUGGGUGGAGCGAGUGUCCGGGACGCGUACCCAACACGAUGCAUGGCCGCCUAUGGGAUGCGACGUCGGCGUAUGCCUGGGCUAAGGGUUGUCGUGAAAUUGAUACCGUGCUCAUCUCCACACAGCGGACAGAGAAGCUACUCUACGAGACAAACCCUGAGGAUCUCGACGAGUUCAGCUUAUUAAUCGUGGAGCUAAGAUACGGUACGGAGAGGAUAGAGAAAUGGAUUGAGGACUCAAAAAGGCGAAAGCCACAACCGAUGUUAGAGAUAAUCUAGCGAGCUCGUAAUAGGAGAUCGGAAUAAUAUAACACAAGGUGAACGAAGCUAAUACCCCUUAGAUAAUAGCGUACGAGGCAUAGGCUGUGGUAGAUAGAUAGUUUGGUGGAAAACACGUCAAUUCGUACCAAACAGCUGAUGCUGAAAUCUUGGACAUCGAAAAUGGCGAGUCCUCAAUUUAACUUGGAUCAACAAGCGAUAACUAUGUAUAGCAGGAAGUAACGAGAAAAGAGAUAGCUAACUAUAAACUACGAAAUAAAACUAGAGAAACACUUAACGAGAUCUUCCUCAUGGCGAUGCAGCAAGGCAUCGAUCACAAUGAAAAUCAAAAUAUUUGAAAGAGAACAAAAAUUGCGCCCACUACGAUCCACGAGGGAUAAUAGAAGAGGGUCGACUCCGCGAUGUGCAAUGCAGGUCUCCCCCCUUAAGAGUCCUUAUGCUUGAGCAAGGACUCUUCGGACAAGGUA